GAAGACAGGCAGCUCAGGAAGGCCCUAGGGAAGUCGAGCCCCCCCCACCCAAGAUAUGAAACGACGUCGCGUAAAGGAGCGAAGUAAAUAUGACAAGGUGCGCUUCUGCGGAGAUCGCACCCUCUCAGCCAGCAUCCGCCUUUGCCACACACAUCCUCCCGCUUCAUCGAAGCGUACUGGGGCUGAGAGAACUCCCAAAUCACUGUUUCACCUGUUUAUCAGCAUGUCGCCCCAGUCAUGUGGCUGGAUUUAUGGAGGCGUUUAUGAACAGCGAUAGGAUUUUUUCAGGUAGGGCGUGUUUCGCAAAAAAACGUAACAUCAUUCGGCGGUCUUUGCGAAAACCCAUGAUUUUCCCCCCCUCCUCUCGUCACAGAAGAGUCUUCGGCAGCUGCAUAAGGUCAGAUAACCUUUCGACGACACAUAGAAGAGGGCACAAAACAUAUGUACCUUUCUCCCUCGAUGCAUCUAUCUCCUUGUCACUGUUCAAGACUCAUCUGAUCCAUGUAAAUAUAACCCACUGGCUUCUUGUUCCUGCGAGAUGCCUCGUUGGAUUAACACUGCUGCUCUCGCCAACGGUGGGUAGCGGUCGUUCGGGCCACAAUCGCGAUCGCCAAGUUCAGUAUGACGGCAUGGAUUCUCUCAUAUCGCACCGGAAAUGAAGUUUCUGCCUGAAGGAUUCCUCAUCUCGCCGAGGAGAGCGAGGGGAGACCGUUAAGUACGGGUCUCCAUAACAUCCCGAUGUCGUCUCUCCAAACGUGAACAUCCAUCCAAGGACGGUGCGUGGGGGAUCGUCCGCACCACCGCCUAUAGAGCGCCCAUUGGCAGCUCUCGAAUAACCGAAACUGUUCAGCCACCGCCGACGUCUUUUUACGUUGAACGGGUGACCGCCUUU